AUGAUCUUUUAUUGUAACUCGGCUGUCUCUGAUGCCACCAAAUGGGAAAUCUGGAGCGACGGAACCAUAAUAAAUCCUAGAUCUGGGCUAGUCUUGACGGGAAGUAAAGAUAGCUCAGGCAUGAUUAAUUUGAUUGUAGAUAGCAACUCUUAUGGUUCUAGACAAGCUUGGUAUGUCAGUAAUAAUACGAACCCAUCGGUGACCACCAUUGUUGGGUACAAUGGUGAGUGCUUGCUGGCAAGUGGAACUCUAGUGUGGCUGGAGAGGUGUUUGAGUAACGAUGCUGAACAACAGUGGGCAAUAUAUCUAGACGGGACCAUCAGGCCUCAGAAGAACCGACUCGGAUGUCUCAAGUAUACAGAUGAGAUCUUAGUCACCGUGGGAACGGCGAUGGACGGAAUGAGGAACGGUGGCGAUUUCAUAGCAAUGGCACCAUUUUCCAUGAGAUGA